GCCACCACCGACGCUGGAGACACACGUGUAGCACAGUGUCAACAUGGGGAAGAGGAGCCAGAACAAGCAACUUUUCACUAGUUUAUCCAAGAAACAGAAGAAGCACUUGAAGGAGUUUGGAGAGGAGCAUCCGUUCCAUGAUGCCAUCAACGAAAAACCUGAACGAACUGAAGUAGUGGAACUGCCAGCCAGCCCUUUGGGAUCUGAUGCGGAGCCCGAUGAGCUAGAAGAGGAGGAGGAGGAACCAGAGCAGAAAACAGCCUACCAGAAACUUCUGUCAACUCUCAGCCAACAAGAAGAUAAUGACCAGAGUGAAGAGGAUGACAGUUCUGAUCAGGAGGAGGUGGAAGAAGAGCUUAUUGGUGAAGAGGACAGUGAUGGAGUUGGAGACGAGAGCGAGGAUGGUGGUGAAGAAGAGGGAGAGGAAGAAGUCGCAGAUGCAGAUGAGGUUCUGACAGAAGCGGUUGACGGGGAGGAGAAGGAUCAAGGAGACAAAGAAUUUGUAGAUAAUGAGCAUGAGUCCCAGUUCUGUCUGGAGAACAACUUCAUCGGUGAAGAAGGACAAGAACAAACGGCAGAGCAGGAAGACAGCAAGGAGGAGAAAGACAUGUUUUCACAGCAUUUACACACAGAGCUCAGUGAAGAAGAUGUGCAGAGGAUAACAUCUGGCAGUAAAACAAAGACUCAGAUCACGUGGCCAAAAUUAGGCACUCUGCUCUGUACCAGUCCCCUGGAGAAGUUUGGACCCCCUGGCCCUCAGAAAGUCACAAAGCUCCCAGAUUUCCACAAAGUCUUGGAGACUUCCUGGAAAGAUCUAAACCAGACGUCCGAUUCUAAAAAUGUGGCGGAAGAGAUCAGUCCUUUCCAGCUAGAGCUGCUGGCCCUCAUGGGUUCCUACAAGGAUCUAUACUACCCAGAGACCUGUCAUCUGACUAAGCACCCUCAGGUGCGCAGUGCAUACUGUCUACAUGUGCUUAACCAUGUACUGAAAGCCAACUCCCAGGUCCUUGCUCACAAUGCUCAGUUAAGAGAGCCAAAGACUCGGGCUAAACCCGGAGCUGAGCCACAGGACGAACCCAGAGACCAAGGUCUGACCCGGCCCAAGGUGCUGAUUCUGGUGCCGUUCCGAAGCGGAGCUCUGCGAGUCGUUCAAACGUUCAUCAGCCUGCUGGAAACCAAAGGCAAGAAGAUCGUGGUCAGUAAUAAGAAGAGGUUCAAAGAAGAGUUUGGGGAGGAUGCGGAUGAAGAGCCGCCCAAAACGCAGAGACCGGAUGACUACCGCGCCAUCUUCUCAGGCAAUGUUGACGAUCACUUCAAGAUAGGUGUCUCCAUUGUAAGGAGCAGUGUGCGACUAUACGCCCCCUUCUACUCGUCAGACAUCAUCGUUACGUCUCCCCUGGGCCUGCGAACAGUGCUGGGAGCAGAGGGAGAAAGUCAGAGAGACUUCGACUUCCUCUCCUCCAUUGAGAUGCUGGUGAUGGACCAGGCAGACGUCUUCCUCAUGCAGAACUGGGAGCACAUCCUGCAUUUGAUGAAGCACAUGAACCUCCAGCCGCUGGACUCCCACGACGUGGACUUCUCCAGGGUGAGAAUGUGGAGCCUGAACAACUGGUCCAAACACUACAGGCAGACGCUGGUGUUCAGCUCCAUCCAGGAGCCGCAGAUCAACAACAUCCUGACCAAACACUGCGCCAACUACCGGGGACAGAUUGUCACUAAGAACAUGCCCAAAACAGGUUCCAUCUGUCAGGUGAUGGUUCAGCUGCCACAUGUGUUUCAAAUGUUCCCCUCCGACAGCUUCAUGGACCACGAUGCCCGAUUUCAGUUCUUUUUAGAUAAAGUGCUGCCUCAGUACAGGGACUCAGUUAUGUCCCACACUCUGAUCUACAUCCCCUCUUACUUCGACUAUGUCCGCCUGCGUAACUACAUGAAGAAAGAGGAGAUCAACUUUGCCAGCAUCUGCGAGUACACCACCAAAUCAGAGGUGUCCCGAGCCAGGCACUUCUUCCAGAACGGGGAGAGACAGUUCGUGCUCUUUACUGAACGCUUCCACUUCUACAAGAGGUACACUAUCAAAGGGAUCCGCAACCUCAUAUUCUAUGGAUUGCCCUCCUUCCCCCACUUCUACAGCGAGGUGUGUAACAUGCUGGCAUCGGACGUUCAGGGAGAAGCGAGCAGCUGGACCUGCACUGCCCUCUACUCGCGUUACGAUGCUCACAAACUGGCUGCCAUCAGCGGGGCGCAGCGAGCCGGACAGAUGCUGCACUCCAACAAGACUGUUCACCUCUUUGUUACAGGAGGGGAAGAUAAAGCCUGCUGAUGGAGCCGGACAGAUAAAAGAGGGACCACCAGGCUAAAACCAUAGUACAUAUCGACUGUACAUGUUAAAUCUUAUCAGGUUUAUACCAUUACACCAGGGCUCUGUUCAUAUCUGGUAUCAACAUGUGUCUUUGGUGAUCUGAAGUGGACAGCUCUUAGUACAUCAGUUCAAAGGUGGUUUUACAAUUUGUCCCCACAUGCAUCUCCAGUGAUCACUUAAUCUGCUUUCAGACAUUCACUGAAUGUGAAAGACAAACUGUGGACAACGUCCGGACCCAAAUCUCCAGUGUUACUAAUAAAAGUAGAUAAUUUCUGUUUACAAAGACCAACUCUUGUCUUUAACUGGUCAGAUGCAGCAAUGCACCUCUUAUGCUGAGGCUGCUGGAAUGGAAGAGAAGAAGAAGACAUCCAAACAGUACACAGUGUGUCUCUUCCAUGGUGUUUUCCAGUGAAACCAAAUUGCUCCAAGUUCUUGUGUUCGUGUGUGCCCUCAUAAUUGAUGAUGACAUGGAGUAAGCCAGUUUGCACCAUUUGUGCAGCUUGUGUUGUGACCACAUGUGGCUCAGACCAGCUCCGAAUGUGGUCCGAGGAAUUGGAUGUCAACACGUCCUCGGUGCAACGUCAGUGGAUUCACACUUGUAAUUAGAGCUACCCACAUGUUAUUAAAUUCCCAGGUAUGAACAAGGCCUGUGACGACCGUAGAUCAGGUGUUGACGUCAGGUCUGUUUUAGAGGUUUGCUGUGGGAAGCAUAACUGGAUCAGUCCUUGAGAAGAUUCACUCUUAUGUCAUGAACUCUCACACACAUACACGCUUGAACACCUUUAGCUGGAAAACUGUCAUUAAGUUACAAAGUGACAAGAUCGUAAAAUACCAGUGGUUUGUAGAUCAGGUUGCAGGUGAUCGCUGUGAUAAACACCAUUAGCUAUUUGGAUGUGUGUUUUCAGAUUCAACAUAUAGAAUAAAUAUUUGACUGUUCAUAUAUAAUGUAAAAUAUGUAAUUUCUUUUAUUACAUAAGUGUUUUGUAACAAUACCUGUCCCUGCUGAAAUAAUGACCAGUCUGUUUUCAUGGUCGUUACUAUGAAGGCCAACCCAAUAUAAAACUGCUUGAAAUGAC